AUGAGUAGUGCAAGUGUUACAAAAAAAGCUAACAAAAAGUCGAAAGGUGAAAUCAAUGAAUCAGAUCAAAGACCUCAAAAAAGUCAAGAAUUAUCUGAAUCAGUACUCCAAUUACAAGAUGAUGAAGAGUUCCCGCCGCUUGGAAAACUACCAACAAUUAAAACUGCUCCUAAAAGUCAUCAUCUAGUCGAAAAUAAGACAACGUACGUUCCAAAACAAGAAACAACAGGCAAGAAAAUUGAUUUAACCCUUUACCCCUGA